AUGAAGCCAGCUCUGCACCGUGCACUGCGGCAGACGCCGCUGUUCGUACUUGUCGUCUUCGUUGCAACUCUGUGCCUCUCACACGCGUUGGCGGAAGGGAAUGUGGGCGAGGAUGCCUCGGAGGUGCUGGAGCUCAUCUCUGAAGGCACCAUAACCACCUACAAGCUACCUGACUCCAUGGUAGUGCUGAACAACGCAAACUUCGAGUCUUACCUCUUUCCCAGCAAGCGCGCAACCCCGCGUGCGUUCCUUGUUCUCUGUUACUCGCCGUGGUGUCCUCACUGCAAAUCUCUCUUGCCACAGUUUCUGAAUGCCAGCAUGCAGCUGGAUUUGAUGAAGGUGCCGCACAGCAACUUCGCGGUGGUCGACGUGCAGAAGAACACGGCGGUCUCGGAGUACUUCGACGUGGAGCGCUUCCCCACCCUUUUGUACACCACCGGCAAGGGCAGGCAGUGGCACCUGUACGAAGGCGGCAACACCCAGCAGGGCUUCAUGCAGUUCUCAACGUACCUCCAGAACGCCGUGGACACCGGGAGCUUCUCGGAGGAUGUCACGGAUGUGUCACACUUCAAUGAGGUCGAGGAGAAGGGCGGCACAACGCGGGUGCCCUGCUACGUCUACGUGCCAGCCACAUCCUCCAGCGCGCCUGAGAGCCAGCGCACAGCCCACUGGAGCCACGCCAUCGAUGGCGCCGCGUCCGUUAGUAACAUCCGCUUUGCCGUCAUCUACGAGAAGUCGCAGGCGGAGGGCUGGGCGGAGCACGCCAGUGACAAGUAUAAAAAAGUGGUGGAGAAGGCGAAGGCGUGCGUGGCGGCGGGUAAGGCCAGCGGCCCAGGCGGUGAGGCUCUGGUUGUCUUCUCCGAUCGCUACCGCGAGCCUCACUGCUACACGGGACCGUGGGUGGAGGAGCGCAGUGUCGCGAGGUCGUCCAAGCACAGGACCCGUCGGGUCGACGCCGAUACGCUGACAAUGAGCACGUCCCUCGAGAACUUUCUGGCCCUGCACGGCUUCCACGCCGUCGAGGACGCGUCGUCGGCCAUGUUCGCCACCCUCGCGUACUACCCCAAGAACUACUUGGGUGUGGUUAUGACGAAUCGCCCAAUCGACGACAAGGACAUGGACUUUGUGCCAGUGCUGCGCGAAAUAACACAGGCCGAAAACGCCGCUCUGGAGAGAAAGCACGGAAGCGACUGGUCAAUCGAGGAGAUGCGCACCCCUCGCGUUUCAUGGUCGUAUAUCGACGUGGUGGAGUAUGAGGUGUGGCGCUCGCGCUACGACAUCGAGCUGGAUCAGCUGCCGGCUGUCAUGAUCAUCGACACGAAGCGCGACCGCUUCUUCAAGAUGCGUACUCAUGUACCGCGCUUUGAGGCAAUUAAGAUGGACACUCCGUGGAAGGUGGGUGGAGAGCAGCACCAGCUCAUCGCGCAAUUCGCCCAGGAUGUACUGGCGGGUGUGUACAAGGCGCAGAAGCUGUCUGUCGCUGGCGCCGUCGCCGAGUACCUCUCCCACUACCCUGGCUUCGCUUUGAUGUACGAAGCGCUCAACUACGAGGACUUCGUGUUCGACAUUGCGGUGCUGGCGCUUGGGUUCUUUAGUUUCUUACUCUUCCUGGCGAUCGUGAUGGAGCCGCUCAUGGAAUGGUACGACGCACGCUCGAGAAAGAAGGCAGAUAAGGUCAAGAGGGACUAG